UUUCGGGCUGCUACACAGCAGUGGCCGUGGCCUACAUCGCCGGCUUCCUCCUGGAGGAGAGGGUGGUCUGCAACGAGCGCUUCACCGAGGACGGCUCCCGCACUGUGGCACAGGGCACGAAGCGGGAGGGCUGCACCAUCCUCUUCAUGAUGCUCUACUUCUUCGGCAUGGCCAGCUCCAUCUGGUGGGUCAUCCUCUCCCUCACCUGGUUCCUGGCCGCCGGCAUGAAGUGGGGCCAUGAGGCCAUCGAGGCCAACUCCCAGUACUUCCACCUGGCCGCCUGGGCUGUGCCGGCUAUCAAGACGGCUCUGGGACAGGUGGACGGGGAUGUCCUCAGCGGCGUGUGCUUUGUGGGCAUCAACAACGUGGAUGCCCUGCGGGGCUUUGUGCUGGCACCCUUAUUCGUCUACCUGUUCAUCGGCACCUCCUUCCUGCUGGCCGGCUUUGUGUCCCUCUUCAGGAUCCGGACCAUCAUGAAGCACGAUGGCACCAAGACGGAAAAGCUGGAGAAGCUCAUGGUGAGGAUAGGCAUCUUCAGCGUCCUCUACACAGUGCCGGCCACCAUCGUCAUUGCGUGCUAUUUUUACGAGCAAGCUUUUAGGGAACAGUGGGAGAGGAGCUGGGUCACGCAGAGCUGUAAGAGCUACGACACACACAGCAGCCACCACCCACCCAUGAGCCCCGACUUCACCGUCUUCAUGAUCAAGUAUCUCAUGACCUUAAUUGUGGGCAUCACCUCAGGCUUCUGGAUCUGGUCUGGGAAAACCCUGAACUCCUGGAGGAAGUUUUACACCAGGCUCACCAACAGCAAGCAGGGUGAGACC